CGGUACGGUUGUCUGGUUGCCCCCAAGUUCUCCCCCAGCUGUUCAAGUGUAGUGUGCCCGACGAGUGUUAAAGUGAUCGGUCGCAGCGAACGGCAAUCGCAAGAUGCCCAGUGACGAACACCAACUGUUGGCCGUGCCCAACCUCGACAAGGCGCCCGCGUGCUACGACGAUGAGAUCGACGAGCUGGAUGCCAAUUGUCAGCAAUUGGCGCGGGACUUUUUGCGUGAAAAUCCCACGAUCCGGGAGCAAAGCUUGGCGCAGCUGCGUGACUGGAUAGCGAAGCAUCCGAACAUCAAACGGUGCCGUACCGAUGCGCGCUUCCUGUUGCGCUUUCUGCGCACCAAGAAGUACUCGUUCAUUCACGCGUCACAGAUGCUGGAACGGUACCUGGCGUGCCGGGAGGUACACCCGCAGUGGUUUAAGGGGCUGGACAUUGAGGAUCGUGAGAUGCGCGAUCUGGUGGAGGCGGGCUUCCUGUAUCCGUUGCUCGAGAAGGAUGCCCGUGGGCGGACGAUGAUUUUCGGUGACGCUGGUACGCUGAAUCCGAAGAUCUAUACGAUCGGGCACGGGUGCCGGAUGCAUAUGCUCGUCGGGGAGACGCUGUACGAUGACGCAUCGGUGCAGUGUGCCGGGUUUGUGUUGGUGUACGAUCUGACGGGCAUUACGAUGGGGCUGUUGGGGCUGGUGACGCUCAACGAUAUCCGUGAUUUGGCCACGUAUCUGAACAAUGCCGUUCCGAUGCGCAUCCAGGAGCUGCACUUUGUCAACACGCCCAGCCUGGCGCUGAAGGUGGCCAACUUUACGAUGGCGAUCCUGAACGAGAAGCUACGGAACCGGAUCUCGUGUCACCGAAAUUGGGAGGAGUUGCACAAGAAAAUCGACAAACGGUUGAUGCCCCAGGAGUACGGUGGUCUCAUUCCGAAGGAGAAGCACAUCGAAGCGUUCAAGGAGCAGUGCCGCCUGCACCGGAACCAGAUGCUCGCCCUCGACAAGCUCAACUACGAGGUUAGCCGUGAUGCGAGCUACAGGAAAAAGUCCGAAGCGGGCGAGAUCGAAAAGGGAACGAUCGGUAGCUUCCGCAAGCUGCAGCUCGACUAGCCGCGACUGGAGACAGGUUCGGAAUGGUGCGAGGGAACGGUGACCGGUGGAAUCGGAAUCAAAUGCUCUAGACUGUGAUUAUUAAUUGUUUGUGCCGAAGGAGCGAUUGCAUAGGGAUUUUGUAUCGUUAUAUCGCUGUAUCUUGCCGGUUGAUUGGAUUGUAAAGGAAGGUUUUUCUGUGCACCACGAAGCUUGAAUCGAAGGUUGUCCACUCAUCUGCGCAGCGUGGUGAUGUUACGUUGUCGCCAACACCAUCGCCAUCUGUUGACACUGUCCGUAAUGCUAACAAUUAGCACUCUUCACGAGAGACAAUUCAAAAGUGGGGAAGGGACACCUUUUGUGUGCAGGCCAUAGAGAAACCGCAUCAGAAACGACGAUGGCCACACAGUGGCAAGCACACACCUGCGUGAGCAAACAGUCGAUUCGGCUGAUAUGCAAUCAUCGGAGGCUCACCUGCGGCGGUGGCGAGAAAGCGGAUGAAAAUGAUAAUCUAAAGCCAAGGAUGACCCUGACCGUAGGUGUGAAGGACUAAACCGAGCACACACGAGGAAACCCAAACUUGACCAAACUUGACAGCUCAAUUCCAAUAAUUUCAUAAUUUACAGCCAAAAGCUUGGACUAGGGCUAUACCGUCAUGAGAAUACAUAAGUGAUAAGCAACGAUAUGCGGUUGGAGGGAAGGGUUGAACAGUGUUAUUGGUUACAUUAUUUACUAGGUAAUUCGUACUCCGAAAUGUUACAGCGAGAAUGUGAGAAUUGUAAUCAGUUUUAAUUUUGAAUAAAAUAAACAAAA